CAUAACGCUGAGCAUCUUCAGGCGACAAUUGCCUCUCCUUAUCCAGCAAACAGUUACACCUUUUUUUUGGUUUGUUUUUUGGGUUUUUUUCUUCUUUUUUUACCAGCACACUCUUAUAUUCAAGGAUACCAGCGUGAAAUCCAAAUGAAAUCGGAGUAAUUAUCUCCCCCCCCCGCAUUAUUGUGGAGGCAGCUCGGAGGAGGCAGAGAGAAGAGGGGGAAUGGAUGCGAGCAGGCGAGCAGAGGCGCACCGAGGCAGCUAUUACCUGACAGACACAGCUCCUCUGUGAUGCAGCUGUUUUACGCUGGCUGUGGAGGAGAAAUAAUAAUCAUUUAAAAGAAAAAGAAAAAGAGAACACCCCGACGACUGCCUUUCAAAAAACGCUAACGAGCGAGAAAUCAGCGGCUAUUUGUUAUUCAGCACGUGUUGGGAUUGCAUAUGAAGAGCCAUGUCGCCUUUCUACUACACACAGAGAGAGAGAAUAUACCAUCGCUUUUGAUUUUAUAAUUCAGAUUUUCCCCUUUUGUUUUCCUCGGCGUUUGUUUACUCCCUUCUCAAUCGUGAUCUGUUUUGUUGUUGUUGUUGUUGGGGUUUUUUUUUUUUUUGCAGACCUGCACGGAGCCUUUGUUUUUUCUUGUUUAGAAAAAAUCAACUCGGGUAAUAAUACACAAGUGAGCGAGGAGAGGACAGCGUUGGCAUCCAUCCAUCCAUCCAUCGGUCCAAUGCGCGCUCCACACCGGGCUCUCUAUUAUGGAAGUGUGACCCCAGCCGUGGUACAACACAUGCUUCCCCCAGCUCUACUUUCUCCAAGUGUUUGCACGUAAGGACGGUGGGGGGGCUUGUUUUUUUUUUUUUUUGGAGCCAACAUCUCGGGGUAUAAUGCUCUGAAUGUCGGGCUGUUUUUGCCGGCUGUCAGUGACGCAACAUCUCACACAGACUGCAUGAGAAACACAUGCGUAGAAGGGCGUGAACUUGCAGACUCUAACCCUCCUUACCAUUAAGAAAAAGCCCCUACUUAUCUCUAUAACGCCACUUUUCUCCUUUUUCAUCCGUUUGCAACCCUCCCUCCAUUCAUCUGAACUCAUCCCCCCUUUUGGAAACCAUAAUGGAUCUCAAAGCGGACUCGGAGGACAUGGACUACAAACAGCCGGCUCCCAUUGAAGUUUUCGCCAGCAGGUCCACGCUGCACGGCAUCUCGCACAUGUUCACUUAUGAGCGGAUGUGUAUCAAGCGCAGCCUGUGGAUUUUGUUCUUCUUGAGCUCCGUGGGCGUGCUGGUGAUGGUGUGCGUGGACCGGGUGCAGUUCUACUUCCAGUACCCCCAUGUCACCAAGCUGGACGAGGUGGCGGCUCCGAUGAUGGUGUUCCCCUCAGUCACCUUCUGCAACCUCAACUCCUUCCGCUUCAGCCGGGUGACGCGCAACGACCUGUACCACGCUGGGGAGCUCCUUGCCUUGCUCAACGGCAGGUACGAGAUCCGGGACCCACACCUGGUGGAGGAACAUGUCCUGCAGAUUCUGAAGGAGAGGGCCGACUUUGACAGCUAUAAGCCCCGGCCCUUUAACAUGCGUGAAUUCUACGACCGAACAGGCCACGACAUCAAAGACAUGCUGCUCUCCUGCUACUACCGAGGCAUGGAGUGCAGUGCUGAAGACUUCAAAGUGAUAUUCACACGCUAUGGGAAGUGCUACACCUUUAAUUCAGGCCAAGAUGGACGACCCCUCAUGGUGACAAUGAAGGGUGGGAUGGGCAACGGCCUGGAGCUGAUGCUGGAUAUCCAACAGGAUGAAUACUUGCCUGUAUGGGGAGAAACUGACGAGACAUCGUUCGAAGCAGGGAUCAAAGUUCAGAUCCACACCCAGGACGAGCCGCCGUUCAUAGACCAGCUGGGCUUUGGAGUGGCGCCAGGGUUUCAGACCUUUGUCUCCUGUCAGGAACAACGGCUGACAUACCUGCCUCCGCCAUGGGGGGACUGCAAGGCCACGCCGAUGGACUCAGACUUCUUUAGCACUUACAGCAUCACAGCCUGCCGAAUUGACUGUGAGACACGAUACCUGGUGGAGAACUGCAAUUGUAGGAUGGUUCACAUGCCUGGAGAUGCCCCAUACUGCACCCCGGAGCAGUACAAGGAGUGUGCAGAUCCUGCCUUGGACUUUCUUGUCGAGAGAGACAAUGACUACUGUGUGUGCGAGACGCCGUGCAACAUGACGCGCUAUGGUAAAGAGAUGUCCUUUGUCAAGAUACCCAGCAAAGCAUCAGCCAAGUACCUUGCCAAGAAAUUCAACAAAACAGAGCAGUACAUAGCUGAUAACAUUCUGGUUCUGGAUAUCUACUUUGAAGCGCUGAACUACGAAACCAUUGAACAAAAGAAAGCCUACGAAUUGGCAGGCCUUCUGGGUGAUAUUGGAGGUCAGAUGGGUCUCUUCAUCGGAGCCAGCAUUCUCACUAUUCUUGAACUCUUUGACUAUCUAUAUGAGGUGAUCAAGUACAAGCUGUGCCGAUGCGUGAAGAAGAAACACAAAGGCCGCAACAACAAUGACCGGGGAGCUGUGCUGAGCCUGGAUGAUGUGAAACGCCAUGCUCCUUGCGAGAACCUGCGUACACCAUCAACAUAUCCUGGCAACAUGCUACCUCAUCACCCGGGCCAGGCCAACUUUGAAGACUUCACUUGCUGAGCAGACCCGGGUGGAGCAUCAAAGUGCGUGUUAUGCAACCAAAGCCAACCAUACAACAAGAACUAUCCAACGCGGGGAGUGUGAGGAACUGAUACGAAUAUAACAGAGGCACUUUUUACAUAGAAACGGAGUAAAAGCAGACCAAUCAAACACGACAAACGCCUCAGGUGAAAGUUCUUUCACCUGCGGCAAAAUGGAGAGGAUAUCCCAAAUAUUAAAAUAUCUGAUAAUUUUCCAGAGAACAUUUCAUGCAGCACUCUAAGCUCUUCUAUCUCUGUGUUUUUCCUCUGGAAUACUGCCGCAAAGGAUGCUCAUGGAGAAACCUUGCCAACACGGACCUCUCUUUCAAAAGACAAAAAAAAGUAAAAAUAAACAAAGGAAAAUGUACAGUUAUCUCACCAUAGACAGCAGAUCAGAAAAAAAGAGCCCCCAUGCCUUUAUAUAACACAGCAACACACAAUGGUUUCACACAACACCGGCCUGCUAGUGGGACAAAUAUUCAUACUGCUUACUCCACUGUACAUGUAGCAACAUCUGUAACUGUUGCAGUGCUCCAUAACAGUUGGACUCUGUGUCGUCAUGAGAAUGUAUCUAUGUUCACAAUGAGUGUAGCCGGGAGUGCCGGGAGGUUUAUUCGAGUGGGGGGCGGGGGUCGCGGUGGCAGUGGUAGUGGUAGAGGUGCAUCAUCUACCAUUUGAAAUGUACUGGUGAUGAUUUCAGGUCUCAUCAUGUAAAUGCAUGCUUGUAUUCGUCCAGUGCAUGUUUUUUUUUCAUUUCAUUUAUAAUUUAGAUUUUUUUUUUUUUUUAAAUAUAUAUAUGUAUAAAUAUUAUAAUUACCAAGUUUGCCUCAGUGAUAUACAGGAAAAGGAAGAUGAUACAUCCCAUAUAUUUCUGUUAAUGUGUGUAGCUAUGCAGUGUGUGCGCGUGUGUGUGCGUGUGUGGGCUCACAUGUGUUCAUGGGUGCCAACAUUAGUACCCAAGCCAGUACAGCAUGUGUUUGAUUGUGCAAAUGGAUGAGCUGCACCUAAUUUAAUUUCUCACCCGUUCGUUUCUUUCUUUCCUUUUUUUUUUGUUAUCAUUUUCACAUGUGCCCGAUGGGUUGAGGAGUCUUCGUUCAACUUUACUCUUAUCUCGACUGUGGGAUGAGGCGAGGUGAAAUUUUUUCUAGCAGAGUUGAUUGCUGAAAUCCUUGGAGUUUUGUGGGGCUGUUAAAUUUUUUCUGUAUCUGUGUUCUAGUUGCAAAAGUCUUAUCAAAGCACAAUACCGCCAGUAUGUAGAGGUGAUGUAAAAGACAACGUACUAUUCUUCUUGAUAUAUUGUCAUAUUAUUAAUAUCGUGUUGAUCCGACUGUUUUUUGUUGUUUUCUUUUCUUUUCAUAUAAAACAUACUCGAUAUUGCCUGAUAAUCCUGUCUCCAUCUUCCAGGUAAUAGGCUGAUCUAUUUAGUUAUCAGAACAUAAAUAAAAUGUAAAUAUCAUUUUGGAAAUUGUUAUUCUUCUGAGGUUUUAUUCUUAUCGGUGAAUUUCCUCUCUGAAGCCUUUAUUUGUCUGUUUGGUUGAAUAGGUAAACAGAGGCAAAGCAAUGUAUUUUUCAACUCCAGAUACUGUGCAAAUGUUUAUGUUUUAAUCACGAGUAGCUCUCAGAAAAUCUGAUUACGCAUUUGCAUCUAGGGCGUUUUUCUAUCUCUAUUUUCCCUAAUCAACGUGUUAUCUUGAGUUUUGCUUCAUACAACAUUUUCUUGGAAAUUAAUCAACAUUAAGCGAAAGGUUUGGGGGCACGAGUCUGGUAUUAAAAUAGAUAUUACUUAUCUACUUCAGCCAUUCAUUUGUGCUACAGUUUUAACAGCUGCAAGCCAAAAAAUUGGUGUUUUGGAGCUACACACUUUUGAAAUGUAAUUACAGUUUCAGCUGCUGUAUGACAAAAGGAUGGAUGAGAAAUAUCCUGCACAGCUAAUACAAGUUUUAUCAAGAUUGUCAAUCAGCCAGCAGCCGCACAUUAUGGACGGCUCCUCUCGUAUUCUACUGUACAUCUGGUGCUGCCAACCGCCACACUUAUAUUAGAAAAGCGGCUUGGUGAAGCAUGGCUGUGAAUAUUAGAGCCCAGUUUAAACAUGGUCUGGUUUGAAAUCAUGUUUGUUGCUCGGUCGGCUGCACAUCAGUCCACUGCUACAUUAAGGGUUAUUCUAGGACGAGAGGUUUACUUUUGCCUUAUCAUUUUUUCAUGAUUUCUUUUAGUGGCAAACCAAACAUCAACAUUGUUUAUCAAAUGUGAGCGUGCAUUCAUUUUUUAUUAUUCAAAGGAGAAACCUCAGCUGGUAACCAGACAUUAAUAUACAAGUGUUAAAACUCCUGGGAACCGGCUCCAACAUCUGAUCAAGAGUUUUCCUGUUUUGAAUGUCUGAAACAUGAUUUUGCCCCCUGAUGGUUUUACUAGUUUCUGUUGUACCUGCCAAGAAGACAAAUUAAUCAAGAAAUAAAAGAUGAUGCUGUUCA